AUGGCAGUGUCCUGCCCGGAAGUUAUGUACGGUGCAUACUAUCCUUAUUUGUACGGCCGUGCCGGACCGAGUCGACCAUUUUACCAGUAUGAGCGGUUCAACCAGGAUCUGUACUCGUCGUCCGGUGUGCCGUUGGCCGCCUCAUCCAGCACCUCGGCCGGUUCGCACUCUCCCUGCAGUCCGCUGUUACCUCCGACACUGCCCUCGAACGUGGCGGCCGCGGCUGCCGCAGCUCAGUCCACCUCAACGCUCACCUCCUCGGCAACGGUCACCUCCGUCAACCAGACCGCCAUCCCGACCAUCCCGCUAGGUGCCCUUCAGAGGCACAUCACCAAAGAGGAAGACAUCAGCACGGCCCGAAGUGACACGGAAGGAACCAUUUCCGGCGCACACAACGACAGCUCCUGCUCUUCCGGGCCCGAUUCGCCGCACAAUCUCAACCAGCAGCAGGCGGACGCGAGUGGGCUGGCAGCGGCGGCUGCUGCGGCCGCGGCCGUAGCCAGUGGGGGUAGUGGGGAGUCCUCGGGUGGUGGCGGUGGCAGUGGGCUGAUGGUCGGCGGAAGCGGAAAUGGACGGGCGCAGUACGUGUCGGCGACGUGUGUCGUCUUUACGCACUACUCGGGAGAUGCCGCCAGCGUCGUGGACGAACACUUUUCUAGGGCGUUAAAUUUUAGCGAUAAGAACAAUAAAGGAUACAGCUCGAUGUCGAGUCGAAAUUUUCCUCCCUCGUUCUGGAACAGCAACUACGUUCCACCUACACCUGCCCCAACGCACCACCAGGUUUCCGACCUUUACUCCACCGAUGGCGGCUAUUCGGCGGAUCCGUGGCAUGCGGCACACUACGGUUCGUACGCACACGCGGCCCAUGCGCAUGCCGCACACGCCCACGCGUACCACCACAACAUGGCGCAAUAUGGCAGCUUACUGAGGUUACCGCAACAGUACGGACACACGUCUAGGUUACACCACGACCAGCAGACGGCACACGCGUUAGAGAGUGCAGCCGCCUACACGAGCUACCCAACGAUGGCAGGUUUAGAAGCGCAAGUGCAGGAAUCGUCGAAGGAUCUGUACUGGUUCUAGAUAGUCAACGGCUCGGUGGCAAGGCACUGAACCAUCCCAACCCGCUGGGGAUGGAGUGAAAGCGGGCGAAAGGCAAAACAUACAAAGAUGCACCCUUUUUACGGUUUAAGCACAAGGACUAGAAGGACGUUUCCGGUACAACAACAGUAAAAAAAAUAAAUGAAACGAAAGGAAAGAAAAAGAAGCCCAAUCCUGGACGACUGACGAUCGGCGGCGGGGAGUCAAAACCGAACUCGAACUUAUUUUAUAUUUUUCACUCUUUCCUGCAACAACAACAACAAAAAAUGAACAAAAAGGAUAACCGCACGGACGGUGCAGCCCGUUAGUUCGUUUUUUUUCUUCGCCCCUUUCCUGUGUAUAGUAGAGUGUAAUGAUGGAGUGAAGAUUUGGCAUCAAAGGAAGAGUUUUCCCCGCUCAUGCGGGAAAACCCGUGAGGGAGACGGAGGACGAAAAAAAAGUUAAACAAACAAAUCACAGAACUGUGGAAAUUUGCAUGCAUGACACGUAGCGUAGCGCAAAUGUAGAGAUCGAAAUGUAUAAUCAAAAUCGAAUGAGCUCGAUGAUCGUGACGGCGUAAGAGAACUAGUUAUAGGACUACUGAAAACCCGGAGAUAGGACGAAAGCGAACCAAAAUGCGCGUAUGGAGAAAAGAAGAAUAAAACGGCGCACCGUUUUCUUAUGUAUGUGUGCGUGUGAGUGUGCGUGAUUUUCCUUCCGUGCCCCCGGAAGGAUCGUUAUCGUGUGAAGCUGAAUUCACUCGGCGGUGGCAAGUGUUUGGAUUAUUGGUCAUCAUCGUUUCGGGUUUUUUAUGUACUACGUCGUUGGACCCAUUUCCCGGGUGCAUGUUGCGGGUUAGUUACAAGAACAAGCAACUUAAAGGUGCUAGGUAUCUGGAGCACAAGAAAAAACCCAUUCGUUCGAAGCAACACUGAACACGGCAAUAGAGCUGGGUUUAAAAGGGCAUAAGAAAAGUUGAAAUUCUUUUCGCUACUCCCCACAUCCAGGGUCUGCGAAACCUUCUUCAGCAGAUGCACGAGAAACGCACAUAAAUGCGGAACACGAUAAGCAAGAGAAAGACCCGGGAGAAAGAUUAUCAUACACACAAAUGUGCAUAUAUUAACUGUGGAUAAUUACACGAUAAUAGUUAUGUGAGAUUGUACUUUGAAUUGGAAUAACCAGACCCCGAGCUGGGGUAUGGUGGGAUGGAAAACUUUCUCUCCCCCAGCCCCUCUUACACACAAACAUACACACGCAUUCACGCCGAUCAUCGAUUUUGGUUCACCUCGGGGUAGUUAGUUAUUUUUUAUUGUAUAAAAUCAAAAUCUCCCGUUCGAUCGUUCGUUUUCUCGAUCAGUCGAGGUGGGGCGGAAAAUUGAAAUGAUCACUGCAGAGAGAAAGAGCGAGAGAGCAGGCAAUCUCGGGACUGUAGGGUAAGCGAUAAGCGGUUCGUGUAAGGACAUGGAAGGAGCGGAUGAAAAAAAAACACACAUAAGCGACCAUAAACCAGUGAAAGCACUACCCGAGCGUAAACUCUCACAAAAACACAAGCUAUAUAAAUAUAUACACAAACAAUUAUCACUCACCCAAAUGUGCAAGUAUAUGAGAACGAGAAAUAAACGAAA